AUGCUUUUCUGGUUUCUUGCGGUUUCUGAGCUCGUCACCCAUUCGAGGGCUGAAACAGGUACAAUUGCUUUGUCCGAAAUCCUACCCAAGAAUGUGAGGGCGGGACGGAUGGCUACAUUCGUUUGUGAGCUCUCGAGAGGUCAUCGAGUUGAGUUCUCUUGGACGAGAGGUGGACAAUUGAUCCGAUCGGACGCAGAAAGAUUCAAGAUCGUAUCUGAUGACGAAACAUCGAUGCUGAAAAUUUCGAAUGUUCAGCUCAAUGAUAGCGGAAAUUAUACCUGCACGGCGAAGAAUGCGUAUUCCGAAGCGGGUGUAACCGCAAGUCUGGAAGUGCAGGAACCUAUACAAUUAGAGAAACUCCAUGAGAAAUCCGCGAAAGCUGGACGUACGGUCAGCUUCGUGUGCACGGUGCUCGCCGGCGAAGCGACUGAGUUCCUUUGGACGCGACAGGGACAACUAAUCAGGAACGAUGACAAGUAUCGCAUCAAUAUCGACAGAGAGACUUCAAUACUUAUAGUUCGAAAUGUGGAUCAUCACGAUUCUGGGGACUACGUAUGCAUCGCUAAAAACCCUCAUUCUGAGGACCGCGUUUCGGCAUCGCUUAAGGUUGAAGAGACAGUCAAGCUUGAGAAGCUCCAUCCGAAAACUGCUUUUUCGGGCCGGACGAUUAGCUUCGAGUGCUCGGUGAUCGGCGGAGAGGCCACAGAAUUCCUUUGGACGCGUGGUGGACAGGUGAUUCGCCAAGACCAAAAAUUCAGGAUCAAUGUCAAUCCCGAGAACUCGUUCCUGACUGUGAAGAACGUCAGUCAGGGCGACGCCGGAACUUACGUCUGUAUAGCGAAAAACUCUAAAUCGGAAGACAGAGUCAGUGCCGUUCUGACGGUUCAAGGUCCUCCGUUAUGGGCUUCAGAUCCCCAGAAAGAGGUCGUCGCGGCAUUGAACCACCCACUUGACGUGAAAUGUGACGUGAUAAGCUAUCCGCCAGCCACCAUCACAUGGCAAAGGGUCGACUUAGGAGAUAACACCGAUCUCCGCUCCGAACAAGAUGGGACCUUGAGAUUUAAGAACGUUACUCGCGAAGACGUGGGAACUUACAAGUGCACCGCCAAGAACACCCUUGGACAAAUCUCGAAAGAGUUGAAGAUCGUCGUGAGAGUUCCUGCGAAAAUCGAUAAGAAGUACCAACAAGUCACGGUGCGCAGAGGGGACACCGCUGUACUCAAGUGCGAGGCUCUAGGCGAUGCCCCGCUCAACAUCACAUGGAAGAAAGGGGAACAAGUCAUCAAUCUGGAUACUCCAAGGAUGGAGAUGAUCGAAAACUCGUUCGAAGGCGGAAUUAACUCCGAACUGCAGGUGGCGUCGACGGACAGAUCGGAUAACGGCGUUUUCACCUGCACUGCUGCCAACGCUUACGGCGAAGACCGGCGAACGGUCAAGCUCAGCGUCCUCGAGGCGCCCGGGGCUCCGACCGACGUCAAAGUAAUCGAAACGUUCUCCAACUCGGCGACGUUACGAUGGAACGCGCCGUAUGGGAGCACCUCGGUUUCUAAAUACAUCAUUCAGUACUGGAAGGAUCACGGAACUGCGCAUCGACUGCAUGAAAAGGAAGUUGAAACAUCGUCACAACUCUCAACGACUCUGUCGGAUCUCCGACCUGGCUCGAACUACAUCGUUCGAGUUGCAGCUGUGAACGCUGUCGGUAGCGGUCAUCAUUCGGACAGCAUUCGCUUCAGAACUUCAGAUGAAAAGCCUUCUGCCCCACCUACCGAUGUUCUGGCUGAGCCGAAAGGACCAACAGUCAUCCGUGUACGUUGGAAGGCGCCCCCGAAAGACCAAUGGAACGGCGACAUAAAGAAAUACUACAUCGGGUUCCGACCUGUUCAUUCGAACAGCAAUUUCACCUACCAAAGCGCGGCUGCCUCUGGGCACCAAGAGGAAGAACAUCUUUUGAGCGGAUUGAAGAGAGGAACGGAGUACAGCAUCGUAGUAUCGGCUGAAAAUUCGGUAGGUGCCGGACCGGAGUCGCAAGAUAUCCUGUCCAGGACCUCAGAUGCAGAGCCGCCACGAGCUCCGAGGAUCAGCCUCGAGGGAACGGGAAGAACUGCGAUCACAUUCAGAUACCAAGAGCUUCCCGGACCCCAAGCUCAGCACUUUAUCCUGUCAUACCGUGAACAAUCCGGACCUUGGCGAGAACUGACCGUCCCACGAAUGCCGGAGCAGAAGUACACCCUCUCCGGCCUCCGUGAAGCAACCUCAUACGAAUUGAAGCUUCAGGCUGAAGGUGAAGGAGCCACAAGCGAACCAUCGGAAGUCAUGACUGUCUUGACAGAGGGGUCACUGACAGACGCCAUGUUCCCCAGAGCGGGGGGUGAUGGCGAUUCUCCAGUGUACCUUCGUUUGGCAAUCUUGGUUCCGACGAUCGCUUCCGUGUUAAUCAUCGCCGUCGUCAGUUUAAUCGCGUGUUGUCUCGUCAGCAGAGAGCGGAAGAAGUAUAAGAACAUGGUCGUUAUUGGUGAGUUUCCUCACAUUGCCUACGAUGUGCCGCCGGGCUCGCUUUCCCUGAAGGGAGCCCCGGCAGGGACCAUGACAGUUCUGCCGAAUGGGCAAAUGACGAUUAUGCGACCAGCACCGGGAACGACGCGUUACGUCGAUGUUGACAAAUAUGGAGUCAUCGGCGUCACGCCUCAAGAUCGGCCCUUGUUACCGGGCCAGCAAUUCCCGAUUCCCUAUGCCACGCUGCCCGUUAGGCAGCCGAUGGUGCCGGGAACGAUGAGGCCGAGAGCCGGAUCACAGGUCAGUGUCUUGGAAGAAGGUCAAUACGGAGAUCACCAUUACGAUAUAGCAGGCUAG